AUGAUGAAGCCCGAAGUCGAACAGGAGCUCGCUCACACUUUACUCGUCGAACUCCUGGCUUAUCAAUUUGCCUCGCCUGUGAGAUGGAUCGAGACUCAAGAUGUCAUCCUGGAUGAUAAAAUGACUCAACGCGUUGUAGAGGUUGGCCCAGCCGCAACGCUUGGCAACAUGGCCAAACAUACUCUGGCUGCCAAAUAUGAGUCAUACGAUGCUGCUAAAUCAGUCCAAAGACAGAUUCUACACUUCGACAAAGACAUGAAAGAGAUUUACUACAGCACUGAUGCUGCAGAGACUGAGCUAGAUGUGCCCGUCGCUUCGAUUAGUGAAGCUGAGGCUUCCGCAACCGGUGCCAAAAUCGUUACCCCUGCAUCAGCCGUACCUGUACUUGCUGCGACACCAUCUCUACUUCAACAAAGACAAAAAGUACAAAUACCCGACACCUCUAUCCAGGCUAUAGAUAUCGUGAGAUCUCUAGUUGCCCAGAAACUAAAAAAGUCCACCUCGGGAUUUCCGUCAGCAAAGCUGUUAAAGAUCUCGUUGGUGGUGAGUAAAUCUACUCUUCAAAACGAAAUUGUCGGCGAUCUGAAUAAAGAGUUUGGCUCUAUCCCAGAAAAGUCCGAAGAAACCCCCCUAGACGAACUUAGUGCCGCUAUUCAAACCACGUUUGAUGGCAAUCUAGGCAAACAGUCGCAGGCUCUAAUCGCUCGAUUUAUUUCCUCCAAGAUGCCAGGAGGAUUCAAUAUUACAACUGCUAAAAAGUAUCUGGAAACACGAUGGGGGCUUGCCUCUGGUCGUCAAGAUGGCGUUCUCUUAUUGGCAAUCACUAUGGAACCGCCAUCUCGUCUUGGAUCUGAAUCUGAUGCGAAAGUUUUCCUGGAUGGUGUUACACAGAGUUAUGCCAACAACAUGGGAUUAAACUUGAAUGAGUUCACUGCAUCUGAGCCUACUGCUGCCUUUAGUGGCAACAACAUACAGAUGGAUCCCGCCGCUAUCGACGCUCUUACUAGCCAGCAACGGGCUUUAUUCAAACAACAGUUGGAAGUUCUCGCGCGAUAUCUUAAAAUUGACUUGCGGUCUGGGGACAAAUCACUUAUCAAUGCCGAGAAGUCAAACCAGAUCCUUCGGUCGCAGCUUGAUCUUUGGCUGGUUGAGCAUGGCGAUGUCUACGCUUCAGGCAUUAAGCCUCUAUUUAAUCCUCUCAGAGUUCGGUCUUAUAAUUCCUCGUGGAAUUGGGCUCGACAAGAAGUACUUACUAUAUAUUACGAUGUUAUAUUCGGCCGGCUUGAAACUGUUGAUCAAGACACUAUCAGCCGGUGCAUCCGCGUUAUGAAUCGCGCCAAUCCUACACUACUAGAAUAUAUGCAGUACCAUAUCGACAACUGUCCCAGAGAGCGCGGCGAAACUUAUCAACUUGCUAAGGAACUCGGCACUCAGCUCAUUGAGAGUUGCAAGAGAGUUCUGAACGGGCUACCCAUCUAUAAAGAUCUCUCAACCUUAACCAGGCCUACUACGACAAUUAACGCUCGUGGUGACAUAAAGUAUGAGGAAGUGGCUCGCCCUAGUUGCUCCAAGUUACAACAAUAUGUCCAACAGAUGGCCGAGGGUAGCAGUACGCGGAAUGAUGUGAGCAAUGAAAAGGCACAGAUCAAUCUGUCCUGUAUCUAUAAACUCCUCAAUCUUCAGUACAAGAUGUUGACUCCAACUCCUGAAGUCGAAGAACUCUACCACGAAGUUAUCCAAUCUCUUGCAUUAGAUGACACGAGUGCCAAUGACGCUAUCAGAAACUCUACUACUAAGACUGGAAGCCACUCCAUUGCAAAUACCAAGACUAUUCCCUACAUACACAUAAGACAGAAAGGGAAAAGUGGGUGGGACUACAACGAAAAGCUUACUAAAUACUACUUGGAUUGCCUUGAGCAAGCAGCUGAAUUUGGAAUUAACUUCAGUGAAAAAUACGUCCUUAUGACCGGAGUAGGUGUUGGAUCAAUUGGUGUUGAAAUCCUGAAAGGAUUACUUAGCGGUGGGGCGAAAGUCAUCAUAACAACAAGUCAAUUUUCUCGGGAGACUACGGAGAACUACCAGUCUAUAUAUACCCAAUAUGGUUCCCGGGGAUCCCAAUUGGUAGUUGUACCUUUCAACCAAGGCAGUGUACAAGAUGUCAACGCCCUGAUCCAAUAUAUAUACGACCCCAAGGGGUUGAACUGGGACCUCGAUCUUGUUGUACCAUUUGCUGCUGUUUCAGAAAACGGCCGUCAGAUUGAUAACAUUGAUUCAAAAUCUGAACUAGCCCAUCGCAUUAUGCUCACCAAUCUUCUGCGACUUUUGGGCUGCAUUAAGACGGAAAAGUCCAAGCGCGAUAUUAAGACUCGACCAGCCCAAGUCAUUCUACCGCUAUCUCCGAAUCAUGGAACAUUUGGCAACGACGGCUUAUACGCGGAGUCUAAACUUGCGCUAGAGACUCUUUUCUCUAAAUGGCAUGCUGAGGACUGGAGCAGCUAUCUUACUAUCUGCGGCGCUAGCAUUGGUUGGACUCGUGGAACUGGGCUUAUGAGCGCAAAUAAUAUCACGGCAAUGGGAAUCGAAGAGCGCGGCGUUCGCACCUUUUCGACUCAGGAGAUGGCUUUUAACCUUCUCGGGCUCAUGUCACCUACGAUCGUCGAUAUUUGUCAGAAUGAGCCCAUAUUUGCCGAUCUUAAUGGCGGUCUUCAGUCCAUUGCUGACUUAAAGGGCGUUAUAAAUGUUAUUCGCAAGGAUAUUGAAGACACUGUCAAUAUUCGCAGUGCUGUGGCCAAGGAGACCUCUAUUGAGUACAAUGUUACCAAUGGCAUGAACUCAGAGGUCCUGUAUAAACAGAAAAUUAUUAAGCCACGCGCAAAUGUGAGACUAGAGUUUCCACCCCUACCUGACUGGGAAAGCAAUCUUUCACAUUUGAAUGAAAGCCUCGGUGGCAUGGUUGACCUAGAAAAGGUUGUUGUUGUUACCGGCCUUGCUGAAAUUGGUCCUUGGGGUAAUUCACGCACCCGAUGGGAAAUUGAAGCUCAUGGUGAGCUUUCACUUGAGGGAUGCGUUGAAAUGGCUUGGAUUAUGGGUCUGAUCAAACAGUAUAAUGGCGUGAUAAAAACAACAGGCCAACUUUACUCUGGGUGGGUGGAUAGCAAGACUGGGGAGCCGGUGGAAGAUCAAGAUGUUAAGGGGAAAUAUGAAAGACUCAUACUUGAACAUUCUGGAAUUCGGUUAAUUGAACCAGAACUUUUUGGCGGAUACGAUCCUCAUAAAAAGCAGCUGCUCCAUGAGAUUAUUAUUGAAGAAGAUCUCGAUCCCUUUGAGGCAUCUCAGGAAACGGCUGAGGCAUUCAAGCGCGAGCAUGGAGAUAAUGUGGACAUCUUCAAGAUACCUGACAGUAACGAGUAUACUGUUUACAUAAAGAAGGGCGCGUCGCUGUGGAUUCCUAAAGCCGUCCGAUUCGAUCGCCUUGUUGCCGGCCAGAUUCCGACUGGCUGGGACGCCAGGAAAUACGGUAUUUCUGAGGAUAUUAUUUCUCAGGUUGAUCCAGUUACUCUCUUCGUCCUUGUCAACACAGUUGAGGCUUUGCUCUCCGCCGGAAUCACUGAUCCGUAUGAAUUUUAUAAAUAUGUUCAUAUAUCAGAGGUCGGCAAUUGCAUAGGAUCGGGCUUUGGCGGCACUGCAGCUCUACGGGGAAUACACAAGGACAGAUUUCAAGAUAAGCCUGUUCAAAAUGACAUCCUUCAGGAAGCAUUUAUAAAUACCAUGAGUGCAUGGGUAAAUAUGCUAUUAAUGUCCUCUUCCGGACCAAUCAAAACUCCUGUUGGCGCUUGUGCUACAGCAUUGGAAUCUGUUGACAUAGGCUAUGAAACCAUUACACAAGGAAAAGCACGUGUUUGCUUUGUUGGCGGAUUUGAUGACUUUGGCGAAGAGGGCUCUUAUGAAUUCGCGAACAUGGGAGCGACAAGUAAUUCCGUUGAUGAAUUAGCUCGCGGCCGAACUCCCAAAGAGAUGUCUCGACCGACAACAACGACACGAAAUGGAUUCGUAGAAUCCCAAGGCUGCGGCAUUCAAGUUAUAAUGACUGCUAAGCUUGCGUUGGAAAUGGGUGUUCCAAUUUAUGGAGUUUUGGCUCUUACAUCAGUUGCUUCUGAUAAGAUUGGUCGUUCGGUGCCUGCGCCCGGCCAAGGCGUAUUAACUACGGCUCGCGAGACUGCUGGUAUACACUCAUCGCCUCUUCUGGAUAUCAACUAUCGUCGCCGCCAAGUUCAAUUUCGUAGGAGGCAAAUCAAGCAGUGGCAAGAAAGUGAAAUGGAAAGCCUAAUAGAGGAGGCGAGCGUCAUGACGUCCCAGGUUGACGACAUUACAGCCUAUAUUGCCGACCGUAUCCAUCACAUUGAGAAAGAAGCUACGAGGCAGAAGAAUGAAAUGCUUCGUAGUUUGGGAAAUCAUUUCUGGUACAAUGACCACAGUAUCGCACCUCUACGCGGUGCUCUUGCUACCUGGGGCCUCAGUAUCGACGAUCUCGGAGUCGCUUCAUUCCACGGCCAUCCUAAAGGUCCCGCGGGUGCUUGGAUGAUGAACGGCGCCUUACAGGUUCUAAACACAGGCUUAGUCCCUGGUAACCGUAACGCCGAUAACGUUGACAAGGCACUGGAAGAUUUUGAUCUUAUUCUCUACCCAAACCGGAGCAUCCAAACAGACGGUAUUAAGGCGUUCUCCGUAGCGUCUUUUGGUUUUGGCCAGAAAGGCACUCAGGCGAUUGGCGUGCACCCAAAAUAUCUAUUCGCCACUCUCGAUCAAUGCACUUACGCCAAUUACUGCGCUAAAGUCAAGGAACGUUAUAAGAAGGCGAAUCGUUAUUUCUAUGACAGCAUGGUCAACAAUACGCUUUUUGUUUCUAAGGACAGCCCGCCAUACACAGAAGAGCAACUUAGCUCUGUUCUCCUUAACCCUGAUGCUCGUGUUAGUAUGGACAAGAACACCUCUCAAUUCACAUAUCCAAGCAAUUUCGCGCAGCUAGCGAGUGAGAAGAACAAGAUUCGCAAAGCGAUCAUCUUACAAGCCGAAGCUCUGAUGCGAAGCAUCAAUACCGCUAGUCACGUUGGUAUUGACGUCGAGGAUUUCACUGCCAUCAAUAUUGAGAAUUUGCGCGAAUGCAAUUUUACCUCAUCGGAGAUUAAGCGCUGCAGAACCCCCUCCAACUCACAGAACAAAUUCGUGGAAUAUUGGAGUGCGAAGAAAGCUGUGUUCAAGUCACUCAAAUUUGCCAGUAAAGAGACCAGUGCUUCUCUCAAAGAUAUCGAGAUAGUAAAGAAUGAGUGCGGUACCCAAAAAGUUGUCCUUAACGGAGAUAUAGCUAUUGCAGCAAAACGGGCUGGUAUAAAAGGGGUUGAUAUUGUUAUUUCGACCUCAGAAAGUCAGGUUGUUGCUGUUGCUGUCGCAUCAUUGUAG